AUGGCUGGGCGUGUGUUGAGGUCCGAAGGCCCUAUAGGAUUAGCCACAGGCUGGAAGCCGGACACCCGAAGGCCUAGACUCUAUACUAUCAACUCAUUUCUAGAAAAGAUACAACUGUGGAAACGCCGAGUAAACAAAGAGACUCCUAAUUUUUCGUCUUUCCGUCGACUGAACGAACUUCUCUCUGAUGAAGAAGAACCAUUUUGUCCUACUGGAUUGAAAGAUAUAGUGAUUAAACAUCUCGACAGUUUGACUGAUGAAUUCACUCGAUAUUUUCCAAAUUUUUCGAACAAAAGUUGGCAAUAUAUGUUAACAAGUUCUCCAUUCAGUACUAACGUAGACACAUUGCCAGAUAUAAUUCAAGAACAGGCAAUCGAGCUGAAGAACGAUUCACGGGCGAAAAUUGAUUUUAACAGUGGUAGCUCUUUGGAAGAAUUUUGGGUAAAAUACCAACCUAUUUAUCCUGAAAUUUCAAAUGAAGCUUUAAAAGUCCUUGUACAAUUUUCAUCUACAUAUUUGUGCGAAUCUGGGUUCUCCAGCAUGGCAGUUAUAAAAAACAAACAUAGAAAUCGUUUAGAUGUCGCAUCUGACUUAAGGUGUUCAUUAUCAAAUAUUGAGCCGAACAUAAAAAAACUGUCCAAGGAAAAGUGUUGUCAGCAUUAA